AUGAUAAAAACGAUGUCAACGACUCCGCGAAGGAUAUACAAUCUGAGGAGCAUGGAACGACCGUCCAGAGUGAGUUUUUGAACACUGUAAGUAUUCUCAAAUAACUAAUUUCUAGGAUGAGCAGCCAUCAAUUCCGUUGAGAAAACGAGGUAGAAAUGGUUAAUAAAAAUAGAAAAAAUUAAACAUGUUUCAGUCACCGGCCAAUCAUCUGAUGAUCACGGAGUUCAGAAACGUCAGCGCACGCAACAGUCCGUCGGACCUGCUUUCGCUUCUCCCGACGCCAUGUAUCCUUAUCGACACGUUCAGCUAGAAGAACAAAGUAACAACCAAGCACAUGCAGUGAAAAAGUCGCAUUUUUCAGGGCCGUUUGCUUCCCUCCCUAAACGUUUGUCACACAUUUUGGAGAAACCGUUUGGCAACUUUGAAACGUUGCCGAGAGAUGCCGUAUUGCAUGUUUUGAGCAGAACUCCCUGUAAUCAGGGCGAUAUGAUAACAAUGCGUUAUUUUUGUUUUGCAGAUGAUGUUCUUGGAUCUAUGGCCAUGACAUCGAACGUAUGGACGGAGACUCUGCAUUCUUAUGUUGACACCGGCUCAUUUCGGGCUAGAUGGCUCGCCGACAUCGCCGAAGUACCGGAUGGUGUUCUGGAUUUUGAUCAACUUCAUACGGAUCCUUUCUAUACAAUUGGUUUGCUUAAACCUAGUUUCUAAACAAUUUUUCCAAUUACAGGUGUCUUGAUUAGAAAAGUGUCUUUUAAACAUCCUUGGAAUACGAGACUUUCCUGCCUUCAAUCGUUCAUGAAGUUAGCAUACGAAGCUGGAGCGCCCGUUUGUGGAUUGGGCAGGAUGAUUCAUGCGGUAAUGUUCUGAUCGAAUGCUUCUGUAACGGGCCUGGGCGAGCGAUCUGCUUCCCGCUGCCUGAGAAAUGGCUUUGCAAAAAAACGAGGGACGAUGGAAAUACAAUUUGCGCGGUAGAAGAAACGGUAGACAGUUAAAGGCGCAAUGCGUGAAACUUAUUUCUAUGCGCCUUUAUCUUUUUCCUCUGCGUCUCUCUCUUCUACAGCGCAAAUGGGAUUUCCCUCGCCCCCAGACUUUUGCGUUGAUCAAAUUUUUUCUCUGCUUCAAGCGCUUUUCUAAUCCGCCCAGGCCUGUUUUGUAAUUUCUAAAAUUUAUGCAGUUCACUCUUCGUCCCGAUGAAGAUAUCUCUUUGGAAUACGUCGAUGAUAUAAUUUCAAUGGGCUUCUCAGUUUUUGAAAAUCUGAAGGAAGACUUGAACUGUGUCAUCACGAGAGCCGACAAUGAGCGUGAGUUGAUUGGGUACAAUCUGGACAUGCUACACACAGAAAUGAAGGCAAGUUGUAAGAUUACAGGAACAGUAAUCUCAUGUUAUUUUGCAGAUCAGGAACACGACUCUCUCACUAUUCUUGAGCAACGGCUCCUUGAAUCCUUCUGACGGUGUCAACAAGUUUUUCCUCGGUGGAUUGAUGAAAGUGUUCAAGAAUAUACACGGCUCUCUGCCAACUCCUCUUUUCUACCUCCUCUUUGCACCAACAAUUUUUCAUGAGCAAAUCGGUUUGUUUUCUAACAGGGCUUUUUUUAAGCAUAUCUUGUUCAGAAGUGAUUCAUUGGCACCGGUUCUCGCAAAUAUCCGUCAAUAGUCUGGAAGAUGCUCAGGAGCUGAAGCCUCUUUCAAAGGCGCUGCAUGCUCUCCUAUUAUGCAGAAACCUGAAAAAUGCGGCGCCGUGGACAAAGAACACCAUAUUCAAUCUGAUGGAAGAAGUUACAAGUAAGAGUUUGAGAAUAGAUCAAAAGGAUGAGCACCGUUUUCCAGCGUAUCCGAGUCCAUGGUCGAUGAACACAUUUGUUUCACUUCAAGUGCUCGAGCCGGAGCUCGUUCCCAUCGGAGUUAUUGCUCGAAUGCAUAGAAGUCAUGAGGACGAAGCAGGAGACAUGAUAUGCACUAUGAAGAUGGUAACCAUUGUUCUUCCCGUCUUUCCUCAUUGAAUUCAACUGUUUCAGUUGCUUCAUCGAUGGGGAAUGGAUGUGCUGGGAGUGAUGGAGUGUGUCAUGGACAACAUCAAAUCGGGCCUCAAGCCAGCUCAGCGGCGUUUUCUCUUCGAGCGGUGCUGGGACUGGCAUCAGAGAAAUAUCGACGAACUGCGGUCGCGUGGCGGUCGUUUUUCCGACAUUCGAGACGAAAUCGAGAGCCAAAUACAAGUGAUGCCGGUGCUCAUGAAGCUUUUGUAA